AUGGCAGGCAUACACACGGAAGAUUCGGCGCUGUCGACGACCUCAGAAGCUGGCUUCGAGGUCUACACGCCCACAAUAACGACAAUCGAGUCCACAACAUCCACAACAUCCGCAGGUCCAUCCCCAUCCACAACAACCCACCUCUCAAUCUAUAGCAACCCCUUUCUCUACCCCAAGCUCCUAAACAACCACGCAGGCAGCGUCUCCUCGGUAAACACGCAGCGGAACCAAACCGCCCUCGUGUUCGAAUGCACCCUCGGCGGGGGCUCGUCAGGCUGUGGUCCAGACGGCUACGGGCCACGGGUAACCGUUACCACGGACCCAACCCUAUUCGCGUAUACGGCGUCCUACGGCGCCGGAGGGGAAGCUGCAGGGUAUACGCGGAAACGGACGUACUACGUCGCGUGCGAUAUGGCGGGGGAUGAGUCGGAGAGUAGUGCGGGGUGCACGACGACCUGGACAGAGUGGGCUUCUUCCGCAGGGGCUACGACGACAAACCGCGCUGUUUCUUCGAGCGGGUAUCCUCGUGAUGGGGUUAUUGUUGUCCCCGUUACGGCGGGGGUGGAGAUGUUGGCGGGGCCUACCCCUGCGGCGAGUGCGACGACAACAGCACCUUCGGAGACCGGAUCCGAUCCUGGAAUCUCAGGCGCGGAAUCUGAGUCGGGAUCGGGGGCGGGAACGUCCAGCGCGUUGAUUGCUGGAGCGGUGGUUGGUGCCUUGGUCGCGUGCGUCUUGAUCGGGGGCGCAUUAUGGUUUUGGAUGAGACGACGGCGCAGGAUGGGGAUGGAAUGCAAGGGUUCAAGAACGAGAGCGUUAAUAGCUGAACUUGAGGGGAAGGACGUACACAAGGCUGAACUCCCCGCGCGCGAAGUGGCUGCAGUGGAAGUAUCAGGAAGAGGCGCUCGAGAUCGGGUUUAUGAAUUGCCAACGUCUCCAAUACGCCGACCACACGACUAG